AUGCAGAUCACCGUUGUACCCGCAAGCACAAAGACAGGUGCAGCAGCUAUCAGUUCGCUACUCGGUAAACCUGUGCAGGUUCGUGGAAUUUAUAGGGAUCUUUCCAAAGUCCCAACUAGAUUCUCUACACAUACCAAUUUCUCUGCUAUCGAAGGCGAUGUCUCAACUGAGAGUUCCCUCGACUUGACAGGGUCUGAUACUGUUCUAGCCAUUAUACCACCCGCCUUAGACGGUCGAGAUCUAAUUGAACAUGCCCAAAAAGUCUCAUUGAACAUCAAAAGCGCCAGUGAGACGGCCGGUAAUGUCAAGAGACUUGUUCUGCUCAGCAGCGGCGGGGCUGAGUUUAGCGAGGGUGUUGGCGAGAUCAAGACAAAUAACAAAGCCGAGGAAGUGCUACGCGACACGAAGGUGCAAAAUAUCGUCUUUGUCCGUUGCGCUUAUUUCAUGGAGAACUGGACUAUAAGCCUCGACACUUUAAGGGGGCCAAAUCCAUUCUUCUUGUCGACAAUUACGCCCGUAGACUACAAGAUUCCUAUGGUCGCCAUCUCAGACAUAGGCGCUACCCUUGCGGAGCAGCUAACCAUCAAAGAAUCCUUGUCGAGAAAACCAUAUAUAAUUGAACUCCACGGUCCGAAAAAGUAUAGUCCGCUUGACGUACAAGCGGCAUUUACUCGAGUACUCGGAAAGGAAGUCGAGGUGCGACCCGUGGAAAAGGACAAUCUCCGGCAGUUCUACGCGCAGAUUUUCCCUCCGCAGAUUUUGGAUUAUUGGGUCGAAAUGGCGACAAGUAUCCUGCCUGAUGGCAAACUGGGUACAGACUACAUGCUCCGCUCGCACGCCACUGUUCUUUAUGGGCACACAGAUCUCGAAACGGCCAUUGAGGCGAUCUGUGGAAAAUAA